UUGCAAAACAGUUUGCCAAAAUUGCCGAAAGAAAGUUUGCUAAAAAGUUUAAUUAAACGUUGUAAAUAUUAGAAACCAGUAAAUUACUGUAAAAUUGUAGCUGCGUUUACUGAUUUCAUAAAUAAUACAAUGUUAAAUAAUAGGGUGGGAAUGAUAUUUAAUGUCUUGUAUAUGCAGCUCAACAACUGUGGGACUUCUUGUAACUUACUUAGAUGUUGGAAAUGGGACGUUACACAAUUGAUUACAAGAUCCCUUCAAACGAAGGCCAAAUAUGCAAUUGUAAUAUUGAACAGACCAAUAUCACAGAAACAAGAAUUCAUCACAAAUCUAUGGAAUAAUGCACUAGUAAGAAUGACUGUUGACGGUGGAACAACAAGAUGGGACAAAUUUCUCAAGGAACUACCUGAAAAUGUACAAAGCACAAUGAAAUACCCAGAUUUGAUAACUGGAGAUUUUGACUCCAUCGGCCAGGAUAUUCUACAGAAAUAUAAAAAAAGUUGUAAGGUUAAAUCCUCUACCAAUCUAAAUGUGAUACACACACCAGACCAAGAUUACACGGACUUUACCAAAGCAUUGAUAGAACUAUGUAAACAUUGCCAACAAAUUGAUAUGGAGAUUGACCAUGUUUUAACUAUCUGUCAGAGUUCUGGAAGACUAGAUCAGAUUUUAGGGAACAUUCAAACACUAUUUCUGGCCACAGAAAAGGCCUUGCUUAGUCCUAACACAAGGGUUUACAUAAUAACAGACGAUGCAGUCUCCUGGCUCUUGUGUCCUGGGGAGCACAUAAUAAGCAUCCCUGAACAGACAAGAUUCCAUAAAAGGGCUUGGUGCUCAUUAGUUCCUAUUGGAGAGACUUGUAGUUAUGUAACAACUACUGGAUUGAAAUGGAAUUUAGUUAAUCAACCCCUAAGAUUUGGCGAGGUAGUGAGCACGUCAAACACUUUCGACGGGUCAGAAACUGUGACAGUCAAGUGCAGCAACACAGUGCUUUGGUCAAUGCGAGUUCCUAGUUUAUGUCCAUAAAAUGGUGAUAAAUUAAAAUAAGGUAGCAAAUGUAUGACGAGAUCUUAAAGAAAUAGACACCAAACGUAAUAACAUAGACUAAGUAAUUUCGUUAUUAACUUAAUAAAUUCUUUAUCCAAAGUUAGUUACUGACACUUAUAAUUCUAGUAAUUUUUCAAAUGUUACAAUUUUAAUUGGAUCAGAAAUGUUAUUUGUAAACUGACCGAAAAUGUUAGUUUAAUGUAAGGGCCAAUUUUUCCCAUGUUAUGUUCUAUCACCACACGUAGGUAGGUAAAUCAUUUUUGGCGGUUUUUCAUUUUAAUGCCAUUCGCCACAGAGUCGAAAGACACGUCGUUUCGUCCAAACUCCUGUAAAGUUGCUAAAAAUGUCUUGCGUGGU